AUGUCAGCGCUGUGCGAUCCCCCGGGGGCGGCGCCGCCAGGGCCGCCCCAGAACCCGGCCCACGGGGCCCACCCGCCGCUCAGUUCCCAGGAGCUGGCCCAGGAGAUCAAAGCCUUCCUGAGCGGUGUGGACCCUGUGCAUGGUAACAAGCUGACCAUCAAGGAACAUGCCCGCUGUGCCAUCCUGCUGCUGCGCAGCCUGCCACCUGCGCGCAGCGCCGUGCUGGACCAUCUGCGCAAUGUCUUCGAUGAGUAUGUCUGCACCUACCUGUUGGAGCUGGAGAGCAGUGAGGGAGGGCUGGGUGCCAGGCGGGCUCAGGGGCCCAACCUGGACGACGUUGUGCAAGAGAUCCAGAAUGUGCUGUCUGAGUUUGUCCGCAUGAACCCCAAGGCCUGGGCACCUGUGGUCUCAGCCUGGUCCAUAGACCUGAUGGGGCAGCUGAGCAGCAAGUACGCAGGGCGGCAUGGUGUGCCCCACGCCUCCAGCCUCAAUGAGCUGCUGCAGCUGUGGAUGUCGUGCAAGGCCACUCGGACGCUGAUGGACAUCUACACCCAGUGCCUGUCCUCCAUGAUCAGCACCUGCCCCGAUGCCUGUGUGGAUGCCCUGCUGGACACCUCAGUGCAGCAUUCUCCGCACUUCGACUGGGUGGUGGCUCACAUUGGCUCCUCUUUCCCCAACACCAUCAUCAGCCGCGUCCUCUCCUGCGGCCUCAAGGACUUCUGCGUCCACGGGGCAGCCCCUGUCGACCUGCUCUUCCCCACUGCCGCUGACAAGCGGGUGCCCAAGAUUGCCUCGGUGGUGGGCAUCCUGGGCCACCUGGCCUCGCGCCACUCAGACAGCAUCAAGCAGGAGCUGCUGCGGAUGUUCCACGAGAGCCUGGGCCCCAUGCGUGACCAGCAGCAGAAAGCUACAGUGCCCUUCCUGCUGCAGCUGGCCGUCAUGUCGCCCAUGCUGCUGGGGACUAUCUCCUCUGAACUGGUGGACUCUCUCAAGCCGAGCGUACUGAGCCAGCUGCACCAGCACUUCGCUGCACUGCCCCGCGAGGACUUGGAGAACAUGGUGAGCAUUGUAGUGCAUCUCAUCUGCCAGACGUCAGCAGGGGCCUACCGUAUCCUGCAGUUCCUGGUCAACACGGCCAUGCCGGCCUCGGUCAUCACCACACCAGGGCUGGCCGUCCAUGACAGCGUGCGCGAGGCCUGUGACCGCAUCAUCCAGCUGUUGCUGCUCAACCUGCAGAAGCUGGUGUACAACCGGGGCUCGGCCAGCCUGGGGGACGCCCCGCCCCGGGCUGUGCCCUUCCUGGAUGAGCUGAAGGGCCAUGUGCGGGAGCUGUGCGUGGAGACGCUGCGGCUAGAGCGCAAGCGCUUCCUGUGGCAGCAUCAGCUGCUGGGGCUCCUCUCAGUCUACUGCACCCCCAGCUGCACCACUGACGCCCUCUUCUACUUGCUGACGCUGUCCCGGAGCCAGGAGGAACUGGGCCUGGCCACGCAGCUCUAUGCUGUGCUGAGCUCCUGCAUGAGCGACCUGCUGCCAGCCACUGUCAAGAAGUGCGUGUGCCAGAUCCACAUGGGGGGGCUGUCGGAGCAGCACAUGGUGCAGCUGUUCCACAACCUGGCCCUGAUUGUGCAGUGGGAGGGGGAGGGCCCUGCCUCCAUGAGCGCCCAGCUAGGGGCUGUCCUCUCUCUGCACCUCUACGACCUCGGGCAGCUGCUGCUGCAUCGCAAUCCUGAAGUGGCUGAGGCUGCCUCCCUGCUGCUUUCCGUCUGUCCCUUGCCCCGGGCCAUCCGGCCGGCUCACUUGCUUGUCAUCAUCCGUUCAGCUGUGCACCAAUUCUUCCUGGUGCUGCACCGCCAGUGCCCCACGGGCAUCAGCUACAGCACCCGGCUGCUCUCCCGUCUUAGUGGGGCCUCUCCAGCUGCCAUGAAGGCCAUCCUGCAGCAACUGGUGGAGGGAUCCCUGCACCCAGGGAAUGCUGAGCUCUUUGGAGGCCUGGCCGAGCUGCCUGCUGGGGAUGAUGCCAGCCUGGAAGGCACCAGGAUCUCCCUGUUGGACAUCAACCGGCGCUUCACGACUGCCGUCAACUUCUCUGGCAGUGUGUGGUCAGUAUUCCAUGCCGGGGUGAUUGGGCGCGGGCUGAAGCCACCCCAGCCCGCCCGGCGGCAGGAGCCUGAAGAGAUUGUGCACAAUGUCCAGAACUUCCUGAGCCUGCUGCUGCGCUGCUGCCGGGGCGGGCGCUACGGUGCGCCUGAACCCCCGGCCCACACAGCGGCUGUCAACCCCGAGGCAGCCAAGGCAGUGGCUGUGGUGCUGGUGGAGAGCGUCUGCCCCGAUGUCACCAACAGCGAGCUGGGCUGGCCGCCCGAGGAGCACACCCGCAGCACGGUGGAGCGCGACAUCCAGAUCUGCCGGCGCUUCCGUGACAACCCGCUGCUCUUCCAGCUGCUGCGGCUGGUGGCAGCCGGCCCCCCAGCCCUGUGCUACUGCUCCGUGCUGUUGCGUGGCCUGCUAGCCACCCUCAUGGCCCACUGGGAGGCCUCACGUCACGGUGACACCACCAGCUCACCGUGGCACCUGCACGCCUCCUGCGCCCUGGUGGCCUGCAUGGCCGAGGGCUCCCUGCUGCCGCCAGUGCUUGGCAACAUGCACGAGAUCUUCCACCAGCUGGCACCCUUCGAGGUGCAUCUGCUGCUGCUGAGCGUCUGGGACUACGUGCGGGACAACAGCCCCCUGCCCCAGAAGUUCACCUUCCAGGCCGAUAAGGGGCUCUUCUUCCGCGACUUCUCCCGUGACUGUGACGUUGGGAAGUACCUCUGCGUGCUGCACAGUGUGCUGCACAAGAAUAUCGACCGCCUGGGGCUGCUGUCAGGGCGCUUCCAGACCUAG